ACCAAACAACAAUGGCAGCCUCCAUAUGACCCAAAAAAUGUAGUGCCAUGUCGCAUUUUGCGAUAUAAACCAUGGCUCGUGAGAUUAGCAGUGAUUAUAAAUAGCAGUAACAAUGCCACAGAUACUGUUGCCGAGAUCUGCUACAUGUUUACGCUAUGCCACGGGCCUGUUGUUUAACAAACCGUCCAUAUGUUUGUGCUUUUCUCCAAUUUCAGCGGUCCAGAAUUCUGUCACCAAUGUCACUGUCAGACAUAUUGCACUAUCUCGGAACGUAUUUCGUGUUCUGGAAGUUCCUUCAGCAACAGAAGCCAGUAUGCUGAAGAGAAAAUUUGAAAAUCCACGACAAAUAAUUCAUAAAUUGCUGCAACCGCUGGUGACACAUGGUGGCAUCCCCGAACCGUUUGUGAAGUAUUUGGCUAAGCUGAACGGUCAGUACUGGAAAGCUCGGCUCCAGGUGAAGUGGCCAUAUGACAUGAUGUUCACCGGUGUCCACAAGAGUAUCACCGUGGCCGAGGAGAAUGCAUAUCUCCAGGCCUGUCAAUUGUACUCAUAUGUUGGUCUGAUCUAUGAAGACUCUCACACAAAGCAGACAGCGCCAGUGACUGAACAGUUCAUUCUGAAGAUGCUGGACGUCCUGUAUCAGCAGAGUGGGAUCUACACGGCGGAGCACCUGACCAGUUACCGGAUCACGACGACACGCGUCCACGUUGAUGACGACCUCGUGUGGCACGCGGAACUGCAGGUGCCGUGGCCCCACCCCGUGAUCGUGACGAGCACCGCACCCACCAUGCGGGCCGCACAGUACAGUGUCUGUCUACAGACCUGGAUCAAACUCAAGUUUUUUCGACUGCUCACAGGAAACAAUUUACUCAAUGUACAAAAGCUGCCCCGAUUGUCAGAGAGGCUUGCCAAACAACAGUCAGCUGUACCCUUGUCGAAAGAGGAGUUUGACCCGGAUUACGAACUGUUCGUGGACUCGUCGCGAGUUGGCUUUGGUGCAUACCUCCUGGCGCAGGGGGAAGACAAAGUCCGAUGGCUGUCAGAUUUCUGGCCAGACCACUUCAAUGAGGAAACUGUGAUGCUUCCAGAACCGAAAUUCUAUUCUUCAUUUUAUGAGUAUUAUGCGCUGGUUGCUGCUUGUUAUACGUGGAAGCACAAGUUUGUGAACAAGAAGGUUCUGUGUUGGUCAGACAACAUGAUGGCCGUGGGCAUGGUCAAUAUGAAUCCCUAUUUGAUAAACAGCAUCACAAUGAAGCCAAACGGCAAGCUCUAUCGGAUCAUGGUUCAGAUGUGUCUCAAGUACAACAUCCGUCUGCAGGCACUCCACCUCAACAGGGAGGAAAACACAGCAGCAGACAUGCUGUCGCGGGUCCAUGUGGAGAAGUUUCGAGAAGUCUUCCCCGAGGCUGAUGAAAAGAGCAAGAAAAUUAAAAAACUUUUGUUUUGGAAACCUAUUUAUCAAAGCAAUUCAAUAAACUUGAAAUGCAAUUGAACAUUUAUUUAAUUUUUUGUCAAUAAAGAAUUGGUUACUUUGUUAUAUAUGUAUUUGAAGAAAGAAAUAUAUUUAUAGUAAGGAUUUUUAUAUUGAAGUGUAACAUUUUUAUUUUAGUAUCAUAUGAUUUCAACAUUUAAAUGAUGGGUCAUAACUUUUGCAUUUGUAAAGAUUUACCUGUUUGAUAUCUAAUAGCUAAUGUGUUUUGUGUGCUGGGGUCAUUCAAUAUUCAUUCAUGAAAAUAAGAGUGUUCUAAGAAUUAAGGAACAAAACAAUCAAUCAUUUAAUGGGUGGAUGUAGUUAUUGAAAAUAAAAUUUUACCGGACCCUCUGUAAAGUGUACUUCCCUCAAAACCACAUGCCCACCCUUUUUAAACAUCAGAACCUCUCUGAACUGGAUACAACUGUACAUUUUAUUUGUUCCCGUGGGUGCCUGGUUUGGAGGCAUUUCACUUACUGGGUAAAUGUAAAUUAGAAUUUUUUUUACUCGCUUUGGGAAAGGAGCUGUUCAAAUAUUACUUUGGUCAAAAUGAGAACCCCUCCCCCCCCACCCCCCAAUAACACUAGACCCCAAAUAUUACAUAACGCUUGGACACCCUCAUUCACAAGAAAAUUCCUGCAAUGGAUGCAAUAUAAUUUGAACGUACUGCUUUACGAUCCUUCUGUGUAUAUGUCUAGCUAUAACUACCUAAAUUAAACAUUGUCGCUGUGACGAGCAUUUGUGAAAAAAAAAGAGAAUAUUUAUAUUAAUAAUACACCCACCCACACCCUGUUAUGGUACAUAACAUUUGGACCUACACCCAUUUUUUAGGUAUUCUUUUCUAGUAAUUUAGUUUUUGGCAAAACAUUUACUUCUUUAAAUAAGAAAUCAACCAAAACCUUGCUUUUAAGUACAUGUACUUAUGGCUGGUAACCUGUACUAGUUAAAAGUAUUUGUAAAUAUAUUACUGUAUAUGGGAUAUCGGAUGGAUGGAUGAAUGUUAUUUUGAAUAUAAUUGUUAAAAUACUGAAUAAAGACUAUAUUAAACCAAA